AUGCCUAUUUAUAUAAUAAUAGUGAUAAUAAUAUUUCUAUUGAUAUAUUAUAAUAAAAGAAAUAAAAUCGAAAUCGAUACAAUAGAAUAUGUUCGCGAUGGCUGUUAUCCAAUAAUAGGAAAUUUAUUUUCAUUAAUAAAAAAUCGAACGAAAUUUUUAAAAAACUCUCGUGAAAUCUAUGGAGAUUGCUUUAAAGUCAAAUUAUUAAAUCAAACAAUUAUUUUUAUACUUAGUCCAUUUGAUUGGAUAAAUAUAAUUAAAAAUCAAUCAUUACAGUUUAUGGGUGAACAAUUUUCUAGAACAAUUUUUGAUUUAGAUCAUAAUUUCUUUGGUAAAUCUCAAUUAGAUACGGAACUUCAAGGAUAUUUUACUCAAUAUUUAAAAUGUUCUAAUGGACUAGAAAAAUUAAAUAUAACACUAAUUGAAGAAAUGAUUUUAUUUAUAAAAAAAGAAAAAAACGAUUUGAAUGAAAAGCAAAUGAAAUGGAGAAAUAUUGGAUUAUUUGAAUUUUGUUCAAAAUUCCUAAUUAAUUCAAUAACGAAAACCUUAUUUGGCAAUGUUGAAUUAGAAUUUAUCGAAAGAAAUUAUAGAAAUUUUGAUUCAAAUAUUCAAUAUUUAUUUCUUUUAUUUCCUAAAUGGAUUUAUCAAUUGUUAUUUAGAAAUUUAUUAAAAUCUCGUUAUUAUUUAAAUAAAUAUUGGUUAAGUUCUAUUCAUGAAUAUAAUGAAAGUGAUUUAAUUCGUGAUCGAACUAAUUUAAUGAUGAAAAAUUCCGAUUGGUUUUCUUCAAAAGAUUAUGCUGGUGAAAAAACAUUUUUAUUAUGGUCAUCAUUAACAAAUACAAUUCCAACAUUGUUUUGGUCUUUACUUUAUAUAUUGAAAGAUGAGUUUAUUUUUGAAAAAGUUUUCAAUGAAAUAAAUGAACAUUUUCCCAAAGAAUUUUUUAAUAAUAUUCAACAUAUUUCAUUUAAUGAUACUAUUCUUCAUGAUAAGUUAAUAUGUUGUAUCUAUUUAGAAAGUAUAAUAAAUGAAAGUUUAAGAUUAUAUUCAAAUCCAAUGAUAAUGAGAAAAUCAAUAAAAGAUUUUGAAUUUACUUUACAUGAUAAAAGAAAAAUAUUUAUCGAAAAGAAUUCCAUUAUUGCAUUAUAUCCUAAUAUUGCUCAAAAUGAUUCAAACUAUUUUACUUCUCCAAAUAAAUUUAUUUUUGAUCGAUUUAUAAAUAAAACGGGAAAAAAUUCUCAUGGUUUUCUUCCAUUUGGAUCAGGCAAAAGUAUGUGUCCAGGAAAAUGA